AUGUUGCUACGGGACCGGCAGGACUGCGUUCCGCUUAGAAAUAUCCUCGCAGAAGACGACAUAAUCGUGCUUCUUACGCCCGUUGUUGUUCCCUACAACAGACACGCCGAAAACGACCGAGAUCCAUUCGAACCACUUGGCCGUGCCAUCGCCUCCCGACAUGCCCUGAUCCGCCAUGUGCCUUACACAAAACGAGGCGGCAUCAAUAAGAUUCACUCAGAAUUCAUCAGAAGAGCGAAGGCAGUCGUCUUUGUCGUUUCUGGGCCCCCUGUGGAUGGUGAUGUCUCUCAACUCGAGAUGGCAGAAACUGCGCGGACUUUGGCCAACGAACGACCACAAAUUCUGGUGGCAUGUUGCGAACUCCAAGCCCAGGACAUACCCGACGAGAAGUUCCCCACCAUUGUGCAGAUUGCAGGAUACACGCCGUCGGAGCUUGAGACGGCCGCCUCUAUCAUGUUCGGUGAAUAUCGGCCACAGCCCAUAAACGCCGUUCCCGUACAAAACCUCGUCAUUGCACCGCGGCAUUGGCCUGUGGAGGGCAAUAUGGGAUGGUACGAUCAAUACGCCAGACUGGACGGCACUCCUCACAUUGAAGACGUCAUCAUCGGCUUGGAGGGUGAAACCAUUGUGGCUAUCGCUCUGACUUACAUCCCCAACUCUGGAAGCCCAAUUGACGAAGACCUACCAUGGGCCAAGACAAUUGGCAUGGACGUUGGUGGUGUAACAUGCAUUUGCAUUACAGACGACAACCGUGAGAUGGUAAACAGCCGAGAUUCGGUCAUGAUUCGCUUGCUCGAUACCUGUGUCAAGAUGCUGGCUGAGCGAGGCAUGCGACAAAUGUUUAUCGACGCUGUAAAGGGAGGGAAUGCCGGCUUUCAGUCUCUCGGUAAGGACAAGCGCUGGCUUCCUUCAGCAACAGACUAA